CUUAGGGUAGUUGCCAACCAUAUUAUUACUAAUCUACCUUGUCUGAGUCCGUCCCCAGAUCGCUUUCUUUAGUGAGCCCAGACCUCUGGAGAAACCUCAUGCUAGUCACCAUUAUUUUGUCAGAAAAUCGACUCUUUGUUUGUCCACUCAACGUCCGUGGGUGCUAAUUUGGCUUCCUGUUCACGAUGGGUCGGUUAACUAAGCCCGAAGAUGAUGUUUGGUUUGGGAUCGAGGAUCCAAAAAGAAGGAAACAGGUGCAGGACCGCCUCGCACAAAGAGCUAGACGAAAACGUUUAGCGGAGUUCAAAAAGGCAUCGUCCAACAAUGAUAAUAGCCCCCAAGCAUCCUCGAGCUGCGACCUUCUCUCCGCCGUCAGCGCGUCGCCUGAAAACAGUCCCCAAAGCCUGGAACAGUCACCGCCUCGUUCCAUCCGUGGCUUCGAUGUCAUCAUUCCCUCGUCUAACGGAAAAACAGUGCACGGCGGACUCAGUGGCUCAGCGUAUUGCGCUCUCUACAUCAAUGGAUCGAUAAUGGGAAUCUCUUGUAGCAUUCCAGUUACCGAGCUGUCACCAAAAUUUGGCCCUGAAGUCCCGGACUCUUUACAGCCAACGACUCUUCAGCUAACAAUACCUCACCCUAGAUGGAUGGAUCGCUUUCCCUUUCCCAAAAUGAGGGACAACAUGAUCACCUUGAUGGGAAUCAUCGACGAGGAAGAGUUCUUCGCGGACCUCUUCUGCCUCGACAGCUUUGAGAUCAAGCCGGGAGCGCCUGCUUGGGAUCCCACGUCUUGGAAAAUGGGCAAAGACUUUGGCAAGAAAUGGGGUUAUCUCUUUUUCUAAAUCAGGUGGCUAUAAUGUAUCUUAGAUCAGGCCAUCUGAGCAGGCCCUCUACGAUGCUAAGCUCCGACUAUGGCCUCCGCAAUGACCUUUGCAGUCCCCAAAGGAUUGCUGACAUUUGGGCAGUGCCCGGUGUUCAAGCGUCUCACAUCAACCUUAUUGCCUGACAUUUUCUCAAUGCCAGCAAUAACGCUUGUUUGAAAAUCUGGUCGCAGGAUCUGAUCUUGCUCGCAGAAUAUAUACGAAACUGGUACAUACUUGUAGCCAGGAUAUGUCAACUCGUUGCUGAAACUGACUGCAGACUGUUUGGACAUUUUCUUUCCCCAUUCAAUCGCCUCUUCUAGAGGCAGGUCCGAGAAGCACUCUUUCGAGCCUACUUCGAACUUGGUCUGACGCAUGAAACCAGUUUCCUGCACGAGGGUCAGUUGACCUGGGCUUUGAGGAACGAGACUGGCUCAAUCCUACCUCAAUUUCGAUGGUAGUCGGUAGGGUAGCGCCCAUUUGACCACCGAGAGACACCCCCGGCUCCGGGACCACAGAUGUCAGAUAAACCAGCUUGACCAGUCCACCUGGUUUUCCUGCAGCUUCUCGAUCCGUUUUGAGCACCCCUUUUGCGGCCUCCGAUCCAACCACUCCACCAUAUGAAUGUGUCACCAAAACGACAUCUUUUCCCUGGUCUGCGAGUUGCUCAACCAAACCACGAAAGAAAUCUGCGUCUUCAUACAUGGUCGCAGGCUGCUCCGGGGGAAGUCGGCUGGCUGAUGGCAAGUUCUUCACCUGUGCCUCAUAUCCAUAUUCCUGUAGCUUCUUCACAAUGUCGAAGUAGAAGUAGUCUGGACUGAAAGACCCAGGAAUGAUAACCACUGAGGGCUUGGUUGCAGACAUGGCUCUGAGGGGGUUCAAAAUGGUUCAAGAGACGAGGGCAGCGGGAUUGGACAAAGUCUGGAUAAUUGUGAUGGUUUUCAAGGCAACUGGAAGACUCACCGGUCUAGAAAGGUUCUGCAUAUUAAUAUACUGC